CAAAUACGUGAGCUAUUUAGCUAGCAAAUAUGGCUACUAAAGGCCUCCUCCUUCUUCUUCUUCUCCAAAUCUCUCUCACACUUCUCCACCUUGUUAGCUCUGUCAAUUCUCUUAACCGAAUCAGUUUUCCGGCAGAUUUUGUUUUUGGGACUGCAUCUUCUGCUUACCAGUAUGAAGGAGCUGCAGACCAAGGGGGAAAAGGACCAAGUAUUUGGGACUCCUUCACGCAGAGACACCCAGAAAAAAUUAAAGACAGGAGUAGUGGAAUGCAAGCAAUAGAUUCAUAUCAUCGUUUCAAGGAAGAUAUUGGUAUAAUGAAGGACAUCGGAUUUGAUGCUUACAGAUUUUCUAUUUCUUGGUCCAGACUGUUACCUAAUGGAACAAGAAGUGGAGGAGUGAACAAAGAAGGCAUCAAAUAUUACAACGAUCUCAUCAAUCAUCUACUCUCUAAUGGACUUGAGCCAUUUGUGACUCUAUUUCAUUGGGACCUUCCACAAUCUCUUGAAGAUGCAUAUGGAGGUUUUCUCAGCCACAAAAUUGUAAAAGACUUCAAAAACUAUGCAGAGCUAUGCUACAGAGAAUUUGGUGACAGAGUGAAGCACUGGAUCACUUUAAAUGAACCACAUACUUUUAUCAACAUGGGAUACUCAUUUGGUUCAUUUCCACCUGGAAGAUGCUCCAAUUCUUGCGCUCAAGGCAAUUCAGGGACUGAACCUUACUUGGUUGCCCACAAUCUGCUCUUAUCCCAUGCUGCUGCUUUCAAUGUUUACAAGAACAAAUACCAGAUGUCUCAAAAUGGCCAAAUUGGGAUUGCACUAGAUACUCCAUGGGUAGUUCCCCUGUCACACUCAGUUUCAGACCAGGAAGCAGCAAAUAGGGCCCUUGCCUCCAUCUAUGGUUGGUUUAUCGAAUCAAUCAAUUUUGGUCACUAUCCAGCUGAAAUGGUUAAAUAUGUUGGAGAAAGACUUCCAAAAUUUUCGAAAGAGCAAUCUUUGAUGAUUAAAGGAUCAUAUGAUUUCAUUGGGAUAAAUUACUAUAGUGCAUAUUAUGUAACAAAUGAUUCCUGCAGUACAUCUGAAUACCCAAGUUACUCCUCAGAUUUUUGCUUUAAAAUUUCUUAUGAGAGGAAUGGAGUUCCAAUUGGUCCUAAGGCUGCCUCAGACUGGCUCUAUGUUUAUCCACAAGGAAUUCAGGAUCUUCUGCUUUAUACCAAAGCAAAGUUUAACAAUCCUGUUAUCUACAUAACAGAGAACGGAGUUGACGAGCUUAACGAUGGUAAGUUGUCAUUGAAGGACAACAUGAGAAUUAAAUACCAUUCCGAUCAUCUUUCAUUUGUUCAUAGUGCCAUCAUGCAAGGAGUUAAUGUGAAGGGAUACUUUGCCUGGUCAUUAAUGGACAACUUUGAAUGGGCGGAUGGGUACACAGUACGCUUUGGGAUUGUCUUUGUGGAUUACAAUAAUGGGCUGAAAAGAUACCCCAAGACCUCAGCUAAAUGGUUCAAAACUUUUCUCCAUUGAGAAAUUUGAGUUAUAAUAAACACUGUUACCCAAAAAUAAAUCUUAUAAUGAAGAAUUUUAUAAACUCCUUUUUCAUGCCAUAAUUUCCAUAAGGCUCAAAACAUCCACUACCUAAAAUCUUCCCGACAUA